AUGGCCUCAGCAGCGGCCCCAUCGUUUCGUUCAACUAAAGAGACAACUAAUUACGCCCGGUUAUGCAGGCUUCUGGUGGAUGUCAGUGCAUAUAUCCUGAGAGAGACAUUUGACAAGAAGCGUCCGCCAGGAAACCUGGAUACGGUUUUGUCAAGCCCUCCGGUUCAUGCGGUGCUACAGAUACUCAAAAGUCGUAAAGUGCUGAAUCCAUCUCAAUGGAGUAAACUAUAUCCUACCAUCAAAUCUUCAGUUUCAUCAAACAAUUUCGAUAUCACUCUUCUUAUGGUUCUGCUGAGGAACAUUUGUAAUCUUGUUCGUCCAGCUACCGGCUGGGAUACACUUCCUCCCGCAACAGACACAACCCUUGAGGCAGAUAUCGUUCGCAUCAAGUGUUACAGAAACACAGUUUAUGGUCAUGCCAGCCAGGCCUCAGUUGAUGACGCAACAUUCAAUCAAUACUGGCAGGAUAUCCAAGAUGCAUUGGUGAGACUGGGAGGAGCUCGUUACCAAAGUGAUAUUGAUAAUCUGAAAAAGGAAUGCAUGGACCCUGAUUUUAUGGAACACUACAGAGAGCUUCUUAAACAGUGGGUGAUGGAUGAAGACAGCAUUAAAGAAACCCUGGAUAGGAUAAUAGAAGAACUAAAUGAUAUGAAAGAAUUCUUGAUCAAACCUAAAAAGAAGACAGGACUGGAAGGUAACAUUGCGCUCGAUGCCCUUAAGAUUAAACACUAGGUCUACAACUUCUUAUUUGUCUCUUAAUUUUCUCUAUUUUUAGGGAUAAAACAAUUUUUAAAAUUAACUGAUACCAAUAAAAUGAAACACCAAUUUCUCAACUGACAUUAUUAAAAAAAAAAAUUUCUUUCCUCCCGACUCCUUGAAAUGCAGUGGAAGUGGUUAAUAGGGGCGUGGUAACUUCCUUCAUGUUAUGAUGUGCAGACCCACUCAUUUUGGAGAAUUUAGGAUUUCUUGAAUACCAAUAACGGUUUCUCUUAAACAAGAUGUCAUAUGCAUGGAUGGGUUCGGCAGUAAUAUACGUUUGAAUAGACACCUUCAGCAUCCCCUUUGGUAUGAUAAUUUUUCAGUUUCGUAAGACUCCCCCGGCUUAGCAAAGAUACUGUUCAUACUUCAUGCUUGAGCAAAACGUAUUAUUCACGGAGAAAAGCUUUUAAACAAUCUCGUGAAAUCAUUCAAAUGAAAAUUGCUUACCAAUAAGUCGUCUAUUUUUCUCUAUGUAGUCGUCAUUUCCAUACCAUUUACAUCUCUGAACUUGAUCCCCACCUCUCAUUAAAAGCAAUAUCCGCAUUAAACCCAAAUAUUUCCUAAAGAAUCUUUUUAACUGAUUUGUGACACUAUUCAAACAUCUAAAAAAUAUUUCGGAACUAUAUCAAACAAAAUUAAAACAUUUGGGUUUCCUUUUCAGCUGUAGAAGCAUACACAAACGCGUUGAAAAAAUCAAUAAAAACCCAAACGGAGUUCCACAGUGUAGCUUCUCUCACCUCAACUAAGGUAAGAAUAGAUGACACGUACACCAGCCUUCUCAUACAACACGGAAGAAAGCCAGUCGAAGACCCUGAUGUGGGAAGAGAAAAACACCUUCAGCAGUACGGUCAAGUGAGUGGAAAACCAGUCACACACUGUCAAGACAUUUUCAUCUCUGACGCCGAUUGUGAAGAGAAAAAGAAUCCCAAAACUGUCCUCGUCACUGGGAAGGCAGGGAUUGGUAAGACACUGUUCUGCCAAAAGUUAAUCCGAGAUUGGGCUGACAACAAAUUGUUUCAAUCCCAAACAAACCUAGCGCAACCACCUGACUUUAAGUUCGCUUUCUUGUUAACAUUCCGUCAAUUGAAUUUACUUGGGGACGACCCUGUGAGCUUGAAGGAUAUCUUAAUCCGAUCCUCAGUGUUAGAUGACGACUCAAAUAUUGACGAAUCUUUAUUUGAGUACAUUUUUCAUCAUUCUGAAGACGUUUUGAUCAUCAUCGACGGGUAUGACGAAUGUUCAAAGCAAAGUUUUAUUACUAGUGAUCUGGAUGAACAGUAUCCAAAUGGUGCCCAAGAGGAAAUGCCGGUUGCAGCUCUGUGUGCCAAGCUUAUCAAAGGGAAAAUCUUGAAAGAUUCGGUUGUCAUGAUAACCUCAAGAUCCGAUGAAUCUGAUGACAUAGAGGAUAAAAUUGGCUUUGACCGGUGCGUGGAAAUCACAGGAUUUUCUGAGCAAAAUGUGAAGGAAUACAUCGCCAAGUAUUUCAAAGAAAACGACGUCAUGAAGAAUGUUGUAAUGGAUCACAUCACCAAGAAUGAAAAUCUUGUCAGCUUUGCCCACAUUCCAGUUCUCUGUUUUCUAAUGUGUUCCUAUUUUGAGUACAUCUUGCAGGAAUCGAUGAAAACUGAUGCUCUCCCGGUGAACACAAGUGACAUUUAUUUUGAAGUGGUUAAUAUGUUUUUUAGUAAGCAUGGCAAAACGAAAGGAACCACACCUGAAGUUACAAUGGACAAAUUGUCAAUUCUGGCUGCUCAAUUGCUCCGAGAGAAGAAGUAUCUUUUCGCUGUCGAAGAUAUGAAGACAUUUACUGAAGAAGAGGUUGAAAACUUACGAGCAAGCGGUCUUCUUCAUUGCGGUCCCAUGUUUAGAAAAUCUUUCUCGGAAAUGACGAAACAUUUCUGUUUCACCCAUCUGACACUCCAGGAAUACUUAGCGGCCCAUUGGUUUGUGAAGCACAAAAAAAUUCCGUCCGGAGAAAAUGCGUCAGCAAUGGUGUUGCAAUUUAUGUCUGGCAUUUUAUCAAAACAAAAAGACAAAGCUUUUAUGCAUAAACUGCUUGAAGGAAUCAGUAAGAGCUCUUCAGCCGAGCGUCCAGCAGGACUAAUAAUAACGAAAUGUCUAGCUGAGUACCAAGACAAAGAAUUUGCAAAAACUGUCGUGAAGAAACUUUCCAAUCAGUUUAGUGAUCGUGAUGGAAAUAUUAAAUUUCAACACUUGACCGAUGUGGACUGCAUUGCUGUAUCUUUCCUGUUAGAUGUCAUAAAUACAUUAAAUGUAGUAGAAACGCCUGAAAGGAGUCAAACAUCUCCCCAACUGUCUCCCAGGCCGUUGGGCAGUCGACGUGGACUCUCUAGGCGUGUCACCCUGAGUGCAGGGGAAACUGCUGGAAGGAGUCAAACAUCUCUUCAAAUGGCUCACAGGCCGUUGGUGAAUCGACGUGGACUCUCCAGGCGUACCACCUUUAGUGCAGGGGAAACUGCUGGAAGGAGUCAAACAUCUCUUCAAAUGGCUCACAGGCCGUUGGUUAAUCGACGUGGACUCUCCAGGCGUACCACCUUAAGUGCAGGGGAAACUGCUAGAAAGAUUAAAACGUCCUUUUGCCGGCCCUGUUGGGCACAACUGACUCUCUUCAAUUGCCAAAUUACACAAACUGGACUACGACAAAUUUUUAAGGCGCUAAAGAAAUGUUUCUGCACCGUCACUUCACUACUCCUUUCUGUGUGUAUUUUAAACGAAGAAUGUGUUGCAACGAUCGCAGAAUCGUUGCCAAGGACUAAGCUGAUCGAACUGUCUCUGAAAGGAACUCGGAUCACUGAUGCCGGUGUUCUCAGUCUAUGUCGAGUACUACAGACACAAACAUGCAAAAUUACCUCAUUAAAUCUGAGUGGUAAUCAGAUCACCGAUGCCGGCGUUGGUAGUCUAUGUCAAGCAUUACAGACAGCAACAUGCAAAGUAACAACACUAUAUCUGGGCCGUAAUCAGAUCACCGAUGCCGGUGUUGCCAGUUUACGUCAAGCAUUACAGACACCAACAUAUGAAGUUACUUCAUUAAAUCUGAGUAGUAAUCAGAUCACCGACGCCGGCGUUUGUAGUCUUUGUCAAGCAUUACCGAGAGCAACAUGCAAAGUCACAACACUAGAUCUGGGCCGUAAUGAGAUCACCGAUGCCGGUGUUGCCAGUCUAUGUCAAGCAUUACAGACAGCCACAUCCAAAGUCACAACACUAUAUCUGGGCCAUAAUCAGAUCACCGAUGCCGGUGUUGCCAGUCUGUGUAAAGCAUUAAAGACAGCAACAUGUAAAGUAACCAAACUAAAUCUGAGUUGGAAUCAAAUCAGUGAUGCUGGUGUUGACAAUCUAUGUCAAACUUUGCAGAAGGCGCAUUUUCAAGUCACCGCUUUGAACUUGCAGGGUAACUGUCAGAUCACCAGUGUUGGUAAGAGGCGUCUCAAAAAACUUUUGGAGCGACAACCCCAUCUUAACCUGUUUGGAUUUCCAAAAAAGACUUAAAAGACAACAAAAGUUAUUAGAAUAGUUGUUUACAAAGCUGCAAAAGUGUAGAAACAGAGCUAACAAAUAUUAAGAAUAUAUACUUUUGAGUAAUUUCAUCAAGCAAUAGGUAUCUUUCUCGACAGUCAACAUAUAAAAUAUUUAUUCUCUAAUCGCAGUUUCCAGAAACGUUCAUUAAAAGAGACUGUGUAGACGAAACUGAUGAAUUUGAGGAGUCAUAACGAGUGAAUCUUUGGAAUGGCUUCUUUAGCAGCUAAGAGAAGAUUCAAUCGCCAAUAAAUGUUGAUAUGAAUGAAGAUAAAAAUAUCAUCUUCUAGAAAGAUCCCUCUGCGAAAGCGUUUGCGCUUGAGGAAACGGAUUCAAUGGUUGAUAUCAGAAUUUGCAUUCAUAUCAUUCAGUCGCUUAACUUCCGUUAAUAUGUGCGCGGCUGGUUCGAAGUAUUUUAUGGAAAGUAGAUUAAUGUCCAUGUUUCAAUAAAUUCUUUACUUGUUCG